CUAACUAUGUCCUUUGCUAUGCAGAAGCUCUGCAAUUUCAGGCAAAGAAGAUUAGAUGGCUAUAGGUUUAUCUUCAAGAACUACCAAAUGGUUCUGGCCUUGGCAUUUGCUAUUGAAGAAAUCAACAAGAACUCUGAUGUUUUAGACAACAUGACUCUUGGAUUUGACAUCUAUAAUAUGGAUUUCAGAGCUUGGUCAGCAUUUGAAAACCCCUUUAUUUGGCUUUCUGGACAGUACAACAUCCCAAACUACUCCUGUUUGAGAGAAAGUAAAUCUGUAGCAGUACUUACAAGAACAUCAGGAACAACAUCUGCCCAGAUUGGGCAACUGUUGGAACUCUACAAAUUUCCACAGGUCACCUUUGGGCCUUUUGAUCCUAUCCUUAGUGACCACAGCCAGUUUCCUUCUCUCUAUCAGAUGGCACCAAAGGACACAUCUCUAGCCAUUGCCACAGUCUCCUUGAUGCUUCAUUUCAGCUGGAACUGGGUGGGAUUAUUGAUCUCAAUGGAUGAGAAGGGUUUAUGGAUCCUUCCACAACUGAGGGAUGAGAUGUCCAAGAAUGAAGUCUGUGUAGCCUUUGAGGAAAUGAUCCCAGGCAGUGUCUUUACAGAAAUGUCAAAAAUCAUAGGAAUAUACAACCAAAUUAAUACAUCAUCAGCAAACGUCUUCAUUAUUUUUGGUGACACUGAAACCAUUGCAGACUUGAUGUAUUCUGUACCACUUUUAAUAAAAGGCAAAGUUUGUAUCAUGAAUUCACAGUGGGAUUUAACCAGAAAGAGAGAUUUCGUGUUAGGCUCAUUCCAUGUGCCUCUCAUUUUUUCACACCACCAUUCAGAUAUUUCUGGAUUCCAAGAUUUUUUAAGGACAGUUAACCCUUCCAAAUACCCAGGUGACUAUUUUCUUGCUAGGUUGUGGCUCCUUCAUUUUAAUUGCUCAGAUUCUGAGAUUGAUUGCUUAACAUGGGAGAACUGUCCACAGAAUGCUUCCUUGGAAUGGUUGCCUGGGCAGGUUUUUGACAUGGCCAUGUCUGAAGAGAGUUACAAUAUAUACAAUGCUGUGUAUGCUGUGGCACAGGCCCUCCAUGAAAUGCUUUUUCAUCAUACAGAAGAGCCACCAUUGAGAAAUAGGAAAGGGAUGGUGUCUUCCCCUGCACAGUUGCACCCCUUUCUGAAACACAUUGAGUUUAACAAUCCUGCUGGAGAGCAAGUGAUUAUGGAUGAAAAAAGGAAACCGGAAGCAGAGUAUGACAUUGUGAAUAUUUGGAACAUUCCAAAAGGUCUUGACCUUAAGGUGAAAGUUGGAAUGUUUUCUCCACAUGGUCAACAAUUGUUUUUAUCUGAAGAUAUGAUAGAGUGGACCAUAGGAACUACAGCAACACUUCACUCUGUUUGCAGUGAGAGUUGUGGGCCUGGAUUCAGAAAAUCCCCUCAGGAGGGAAAGGCUGCCUGUUGCUUUGAUUGCAUCUCUUGCCCAGAGAAUGAAAUUGCUAAUGGGACAGAAAGGAACCAGUGUGUAAAGUGUCCAGAUCAUCAGUAUGCCAACACGGAGAGAAACCAGUGCCUCAUAAGAGCUGAAAGUUUCCUGGCUUUUGGAGAUGCCUUGGGGAUGAUCCUGGCAUGCAUGGCUCUUUGCUUCUCUAUGAUCACUGCUGUUGUUCUUGGGGUUUUUGUGAAGUACAAAGACACUCCCACUGUCAAAGCCAAUAACAGGACUCUCAGCUACAUCCUGCUCAUAUCCCUCAUCUCCUGUUUCCUUUGCUCUUUCCUUUUUAUUGGUCGUCCCAAUCCAGUCACCUGUAUCCUACAGCAAACCGCAUUUGGAAUUGUGUUCACUGUGGCCAUUUCUACUGUCUUGGCCAAAACAGUGACCGUGGUUCUGGCCUUCAAGGCCACUUCUCCAGGAAGAACAAUGAGGUGGCUGCUGGUAUCAGGGGCUCCUAACUUCAUCAUCCCCAUCUGCACCCUCAUCCAGAUGACCCUCUGUGGACUCUGGCUAGGAAUCAACCCUCCUUUUAUUGACAUAGAUACACACUUGGAACAUGGUCAAAUCAUCAUCCUUUGCAACAAGGGCUCCCUCACUGCCUUCUACUGUGUCCUGGGAUACCUGGCUUCCCUGGCCUUGGCCAGCUUCACUGUGGCUUUUCUGGCCAGGAACCUGCCUGACACCUUCAAUGAAGCCAAGUUCCUGACCUUCAGCAUGCUGGUGUUCUGCAGUGUGUGGCUCACCUUCCUUCCUGCCUACCACAGUGCCAAGGGGAAGGUCAUGGUGGCUGUGGAAGUGUUUUCCAUCUUGGCCUCCAGUGCAGGGCUCCUGGUCUGCAUCUUUUUCCCCAAGUGCUAUAGCAUCUUGUUAAGGCCAGACAGAAAUUCUUUGCAUAGCUUUAAAAAUAAAGCAAAUGUGAAGAAAUAA